AGCGCAUGCGUGCGCUGACGGCGGCAGGACUGAGUGUUCCCGGGCCGCGGCGGCUGCGCUGGUGUCCGGGAGUUAGGCAUGGCGGUCCCCGCGGCGGCAAUGGGGCCCUCGACCCUGGGCCAGAGCGGUCCCGGCUCCAUGGCCUCCUGGUGCUCAGUGACCAGCGGCCCGACGCGCUACGUGCUUGGGAUGCAGGAGCUGUUCCGGGGCCACAGCAAGACACGCGAGUUCCCGGCGCACAGCGCCAAGGUGCACUCGGUGGCCUGGAGCUGCGACGGACGUCGCCUGGCCUCGGGGUCCUUCGACAAGACGGCUAGCGUCUUCUUGCUGGAGAAGGACCGGUUGGUCAAAGAAAACAAUUAUCGGGGACAUGGGGAUAGUGUGGACCAGCUUUGUUGGCAUCCAAGCAAUCCCGACCUCUUUGUUACUGCAUCUGGAGACAAAACCAUUCGCAUCUGGGAUGUGAGGACGACCAAAUGCAUUGCCACUGUGAACACUAAAGGGGAGAACAUUAAUAUCUGCUGGAGUCCCGACGGGCAGACCAUUGCUGUAGGCAACAAGGAUGAUGUGGUGACCUUUAUUGAUGCCAAAACACACCGUUCCAAAGCAGAGGAGCAGUUCAAGUUUGAGGUCAAUGAAAUCUCCUGGAACAAUGACAAUAACAUGUUCUUCCUGACAAAUGGCAACGGUUGUAUCAACAUCCUCAGCUACCCAGAGCUGAAGCCUGUGCAGUCCAUCAACGCCCAUCCUUCCAACUGCAUCUGUAUCAAGUUUGACCCCAUGGGGAAGUACUUUGCCACAGGAAGUGCGGACGCUUUGGUCAGCCUCUGGGAUGUGGAUGAGUUAGUGUGUGUUCGGUGCUUUUCCAGGCUGGAUUGGCCUGUGAGGACCCUCAGUUUUAGCCAUGAUGGGAAAAUGCUGGCAUCGGCAUCAGAAGAUCAUUUUAUUGACAUUGCUGAAGUAGAGACAGGUGACAAGCUAUGGGAGGUGCAGUGUGAGUCCCCAACCUUCACCGUGGCUUGGCACCCCAAAAGACCUCUGCUGGCAUUUGCUUGUGAUGACAAAGAUGGCAAAUAUGACAGCAGUCGGGAAGCAGGAACUGUGAAGCUGUUUGGGCUUCCUAACGAUUCCUGAUAGGAGGACCUGACGUAGGGAGGAGGCCCUGGCAGCGGCUUUCUGUUGUGUAAUUAGUUUGGUCUGUUCUCUUGGGGUUUGUGACACCUAAAGUAUUUGUGAAUUGGUAUAAAUUAUGAAAGUCUUUGGUCAGGUGCCCAUUCCAGUUCCCUUCCCAUUAUGUUAGCUGUUCCGCUUCUUACCUCCCGGAUGAGGGCUUGCCAGUGCAGGUGAGGGCACUAGCACACCUUAUGCUCUGGGGACCUGCUGUCUUCCUGCUUUUGGGUGGAUAGUGGACUUUGUUGGACUUUCUUCUGCUUAAACAAUACUGAGUUUGGAGGGGUGGGUGAGGAAGGGUGAGAUGGGGAUGGAGAUUUUUUAUAAUUAAAAAAGAAAUAUGAGCCAGCCUUGA